AUGGAAGACACUGACGCCAAUGAACCCCGCUACAAAUUGUGCACAUUUCUAUUCGGCAAUGUUGACAGGCGAGGACGGUUAGAAGGAGAAUAUGCUAAAGAUGUCGAACUUUCAUCAAUUAAUAACAUUGAUACAUGUCAUGUAACCGAAGUAGAGUCAAGUAUUCGGACGAUAGUUUCCAACGCUGCUGAGGGCAGUUCACCUGCAUCAAAUGAUUCCGGGGAUGCUACUGCGGAUUCUGGACCUUUAGCUGAAGCUAAAGACUAUUAUGAUGAAUCGGAGGUGAUCCAUCUCGAUUCUAUCGAAAACGCCCUUCCUGUUCCCUUCAAUGAAGAUGAUGAUUACGACGAAAUAACUGAAGUCGUCAAACCUGCAGCCACGGUCGAAGUAUUAGAGGCAUCUAAUUCCCCAUCGAAAAUAAAACAUCUGUUUUCGAGUUCUUCCUCUUCCCCUUUGGGUUCUCCUCGUUCCCAGCCAUCACCUACGUUGUCAGGCACCCAUCCUGUAAUUAGGUGCUGCUCCGAACCAUCUUCUCCUACUCCCAAACAGCCUCCUGCCGCUAAUCAAUCCGGUGAACAGCAGACUUCAGUCGCACAGACAGGAAACGAGGCGUCGGUUAUGAUGCCGCCUCCGUUGCAUCCUGCUCCUAUCGCCAACACAUCACCGCUCAAUAAACCGGUUUCGUGCAAUGACGACGACGCCCUCCUUUCAAAUGAUCAUCAUCUGUCAACUCACCGUGUUCUUAACACACCUCUUGGCAAUCUCCUGCCUCCGGAAUACGCAGAUGUGGACAUAACUUCACUGUUUCCGCACUAUUCCCCCGACUCGAUCCCCAGGUGGGGCCGCAUACUGAACCUGCCCUAUCCCCCUCGCAAGUACGAGAAUCUCAAAUGCGAAUCAUCUAAACAUCCUUUGGAAGGUGAGAGCGGUGAUAAUUUCGUCAGUCUGACAAACGGGAAUGCCAAUAGUUGGAGUGAGGCAGAAGAUCGGCUGCAUCUGAUUUUCCGCAAUUACCUUGAUCUGGGCGAGGUGCCAACCAAACAGGAGCAGUUUGACCAAGCUGCGCAAAUCGACGAGAUGCGGGAGUUGGAACAGCCGCCAGAGCCGGGUCAAAACUACCUUGCCGGGGCCGAGCGCUCGUGGUGGCAGGUUGCCUUUGCCGAGCGUUUGGCUGAGAUUGAAAAUGCCACCAGCGAUCUGACCAAUAAGGCCUGCACAAAGGGCAAAGACUCGGAAGGCAAAAAAGACAAAAAGUCGAAGAAAAAAUCCCCGGAGACAGCAACAACCGCUGGACUUGAUGACAAGACCAACGCGGACGACAACGAUGUGUCCAAUAGCCCACAAUCACGAUAUUGGCAAGUCUUAAUUACGUGGCGAUUUGGACCUGCUAAGUAUUGGUACGACCAGUUGGAGAUCCCCGAGACGGCUGACAUCACAAAGUGGACAGACUGGUGCAAAAAUCCUGCAGUCGUGGCGCCCUUGCAGACUGACACACACUCAAAGCCACCCGAGACCGCUGCGACAUUAGCGGAUGACUCAGAAUCGGCGGAGAAUAAAGUAGGCACCAAGUCAAGCCAACUUGCUUCAACUGAGGACUCUGGCAAGAGCGACACCAAUGACUCGGAAGUUGUGGCAAAUGGAGAGCAUCAAGGGGCCCAGCAGUCAGCUGCUAUGCAAGUGGAUGAAGAAGAUACGACAGAUGACGAGCCUGACGAGGAUGAGGAAGAUAGGCCCGAGGAGGAGGUGUUUUUGCCUUACCAGCUCAUGCAGUGGGAAGACGACAUUAUCUACGACCCUCAGCUGAGCUCCUACAAGGUGACAGUGAGUGCUCGACAAAACGCGGCCUACGCCGGUUGGAUCCCGUCGCAGCACUGUCGCACUAUGGCUGCAUUUCAGGAUAUGUACCAAGGCAAGUACCCGGGCAUCUUGGGCUUCAAGACGUUAGUAGGCUCGGGUGUGUCUGGUCAGUCGACGACGGCUCUCUCUGCUACCACCACAACCGCCACCACCACCACGACUUCCACCUCCUUAGAAGGCAGCAAUCAACCCCCCACUGCCCUGCGCUCCUCCUCCGCCGCAUCCGCGGUCCCCUCCUUCACCGGCCCCUACGCGUUCUUCCCUGUGGAGAACGCCCGCAUUCUCGACGACAGCUGGCGCUUCGAUAUUAUCUACGACCCGCAGGAGCAGGCGGCAGCUGCCACGCCCUUCCUGCUCACCCUGGACAAGAAUGACGAGCGUUGCGUUCUCGACCCAGUUGUCAACGACAAUGAAGUCGUGGCUGUUGCCACGCCAAUGACCCUAAGCAACAAGCAGCACAUGCAGGAGGGGAGCCAGAGUCAAGUCAACAGGGCCAGCUUCCACGUCACCUUCGGCUUCGCCUCCACUCGCGGAACUCUCACCGGGGCUCUGGCCAAGGCGGAAAAGGGCGCUGAAAAAGUGAAACGCAUUCUUGGCAAGCAUGGUUUCCUGGCUGAGGGCGAGUGGAACGACGAGAGCCCUGUGAGUGAGGAGAACGCGGAGGGCGGAGACGAACACCAGGAGGCGACCAACAUGGCGUCGGUGGCGGCAGCCGCCUCGGGCCUGCCGCCCAAGGAUCCCCUCAACCUCUCCAACGACGAGUUCUACGCGAUCCGCCCGGGCGGCCUCUUUGGCACGCUGGCGCGCUGCGGACCUCUGCAGCACAGCACCCCUGCUGUCGAGCUCUGGCCUCCAUUCUUCCCCACCUACAACACUCCGCUGCGUCUGAGGCAGUUCCAUCGGGUCCCUCUUAAACAAUAUACGCGUGGUGUAAUGUCACACUACGGUUCCCCCAUUUCCGUCUCCAACCUCACAAAAAAUAUCCAGAAAAAGGCAAAGGAACGCGAGGAGGAGAAGAUGGCGGCCGGUGGCGGUGACAUUUUCUUCAUGCGCACCCCGCAAGACCUCUCUGGUUUCGACGGAGAAUUGGUACUUUUCGAGUACUCGGAAGAAUUUCCACCACUGAUGAACCAGAUUGGCAUGGCAACACGGUUGGUGAACUACUACAGGCCCCUGUUGCCAAAAGAUCCCUCUCUGUCUCCCGACCCGGCGGGCAACAAUUCACCCCCAGACCUCCCCUACGGCUCACUGGUCAACGUUGGCAGCACUGAUUCGCCCUUCCUGGGUGCUAGCAUGGAGAACAACAUGUUCCGCGCACCCAUCUAUCCACACAAAACGCCAACGACUGAUUUCGUGGUGAUUCGCAACAGGAACGGCCUAUGGAUCCGACGAGUGCCCAACGCCUUCACGGUGGGGCAGGAGGUGCCCUUGAUGGAAGUUCCCGGUCCAAACUCGAAGCGUGCCAACAACUUUGCCCGGGACUUUCUCCAGGUCUACAUCCUGCGUCUCUUCCUUAAGAGCACCGACGAGCCGAAGCGGAUCAAAAUGGAGGAGAUUCGCUCGGCAUUUCCCAACCACUCAGAGAGCAGUGUCCGCAAGCGUCUCAAGAUUUGUGCUGAUUUUAAGCGAACUGGUAAGUUGCUCAAGCGCAUGCCUGUGAUUCUGAAGGCCGAGGUCGGUGUGGAUGCCAGUUGGUGGGUCCUGCGGCCUGACUACCGUCUUCCCUCGGAGGAGGAGAUCCGCUACCUCGUGCAGCCUGAGGACUUUUGUGCCUUCUUCAGCAUGCAGGCAGCGGAACUGCGUCUCAAGGACGCCGGGUAUGGCGAGAAAUCGCUCUUCGUGCUUGACGAAAAUCCCGAGGAGGAAGAAGAGAAGGAGGGUCAGCCAAAAAUGGAGGACGAGGUUCGGGCAGCUCCAUGGAAUACAACGAGGGCCUACCUGGCGGCGCAGCGUGGCGGGUGUUUCCUCGAGCUGCACGGGCCCGCCGACCCCACGGGCUGCGGCGAAGCCUUCUCGUACUCCAAGACCUCGGCUAAACCCGGCGCCCUCUUCCGCCAGGCUGGCGGCGAGGUGGCCCGUGGGCUGCUCAAGGACAAGAAGACGGUCACCGGGACUGACGCCGAUCUGCGAAAACUGCACCUUCGCGAGGCCAGAGCCCUGCUUCGGUCCUUUGGCAUUAGCGAAGCCGACCUCAAAACAUUCAAACGUUGGGAGAUCAUCGAUAUGGUCCGAUUCACAUCCACUGAGCGCGCCAAGCAAGGGGAAGAAGAGAGCACAGCAAAGUUUGCCCGCGGCAACCGUCUUUCCAUGGCGGAGCAGAUUCGGUGCUAUCGAGAGGAGUGCCAACGCAUCUUUGACCUCCAGAAUCGCGUCCUUUCGAAUCCCGAACUCCUCUCUUCGGAUGAGGAGGAAGAGGAGCCCAGUUCUGAAGAGGAGGAAGACGACGAAGCGGCUACCUCAAAGAAUGCCUCCGCUGUCGGUGGCGGCACCACCUCGAACGCCAUCGGUGGUGUGCGGCUCUCCAGCCUUCCUUCAUCCAAUCAUCAGUCUGCCCGCAAUGUUCAGUCUCUUCUAGCCAAUCGAAUUACUUCAGAGGAACUACGAGAGAGACAGGAGGAAGUGGAACGGGAAGAUCUAAAGCGAAGUGUGGAACUUGGGAAAUCGUUGAGUUCUUCAACCAAGAACAGGCGUAAGCAGAACCAACAGCAACCGCACACCAGCGAGGCUCAGUCAACGAGCCAGACCGUGCCGCAGCAGCCUGCAGCCCCAGUCGUCUACGACGCAAACGCGACGUCUGCAGGCACCAUCCUCGAUUGUCCGGCGCCCUUUACCAAUGCCCAAAAGAAGGUGCUCCGAAUUGUCCGGACCUUUGGUGAAGGCACCGACAGGCAGUACACACGCGUCGAACUGGUUCCCUGGUCACCCGUUAUCGAGGUCUAUCUUAAGAUUAAACAGACAAAGGAUGUUGAACAGAUUUACACGUUCGUGGGCUCCGAUGAGCAGUUCAAGGAACAAAAGAGGAAGGAAAAACGACGAAUUCAGGACCAAUUGCGUCGAGUGCGAAAGCAGCAGGAAUUGUUGCGCGCCCGCGGACUGGCAGGCGGUGGGGUUCCCCUGAGGGACGCCAGUGGGCGUCUCCUGCCCGCCAACCGUCUCCCCUUCUCCUCCUCCUCGGCGUCAUCGUCCUCGCGCCGGCGACACAAACCAACCAGCAACAUCCUCAAGAUGCGUUGCGGCGCAUGCGGCCAGACCGCCCCACCGGUGCCCGGGGGUCGCGGCGCCGCCCGCCGCCUCCUCCCGCCCGGAGUCGAACCCGAGGCCGUGGCGGCCGCCCAGGAGCUCACCUCAAAGCCCGUCGCCGAGCUGCUCGCCGCCAGUGGUGGUGGCGGCGGCGGGGCAGGCGUUGACUCGGGCGACACCGCGGUGGCGGACACUCUCGGCGACGGGCCACGCAGCAUCGGCGCCUCGAGGCUCUCAGACGACUCCGACGACGUCUUCGAUCGGCCCCACUACGCUAGGGGUGACGACUACUACGAGGGCCUCGAUGAGGAUUCCUCAAUGGAAAGGCCGCGUUUUUUUGAGAACACCAGAUUCAAGUCAAACACCAGUGCUUCUCGCUACCUGGAUUCGCACGUCCCACCAAAACGCCACGACUUGAAGAUGACGAUAAGCAAGCAGCUGCUUGACCGGCUUGACGCGGCUACCGAGGUGGUUCGCUACGUCGAGGCUGUCAAUCAGCGUGGCCGCGGUGCUGGGUCGACUGGCGGUGCGCGAUUCGGUGCUGCCGGCGGCAGUCGGAAGCGCAGCGCCCUUGCUAGCGCCGCCGACGACGACUACCCCACGUCAACCAUCAAACACCGUGGCAACCGCCGCCGUAUUGACCCUAGAGUCGCCAUAAACCACAUUUUCGAGGGCAUUUACAAGGGCCUCUCACAGAUCCCCGGUUACAAAAUUUUCCUGCAUCCAGUAAAGGAGAAGGACUUUCCCAAUUACUACACCCAAAUCAAGACCCCCAUGGACCUGUCUCAGAUUCGAAUGAAAAUAAACGAAAAUGCUUAUUCCACUCGCGAGGAAUUCCUCUCUGACAUUCGUCUUAUUCACGACAACUCGGAGAAGUUUAACGGUCGUUUUUCCUCGUAUACCGAGACCGCCAAAAAGAUGUGCUCCUAUGUGGCGGAGGAGUUUUGUCAGAAGGAAAUGAAGUUGAUGCGAUUGGAGCCCCUGGUGAAUCCCCUGUUAGACGAAAACGACCUCGUUCGGCUUGGAUUCCUCCUGCAGAAAGCAGUGGAUGCAAUGCGCGGUGUCGAAAAUAGCAGAGCCUUUCAUUUUCCCGUCGAAAAACGCCGCUACCCAGAUUAUUACAAAGCCAUUUCGCAUCCAAUGGACCUGUCGACUUUGGAGAAAUUGAUAAAAGAGAACCGCUAUCAUAGCAGAGAGGAGUUCUUCGCCGACGCCGACCUAAUCCUCUCCAAUUGUCGUCGCUAUAAUGGCGACGAGAGUGUUCUCACCAAGAUUGCACACAAAAUGCUCGACGUGGCUCACUCAACUCUGAACGAGGUGGAAGAUACCAUAGAAACUAUCGAAGAAAACAUCAGACAACGUCUGGAUGAUAUAUCGAUCCCAGAUUCUCAAUCACAACACGGCGGUAUCGGGUCAGUCGACUUGACUGGUCCGUCAUCCUCGAAGCCAACCAAGCAGCCCCCCAAGCAGCUGACAGGUGACCUUGAGGCUUCCUCCAACAACCAGGGCUCACUACGUCGGCCACGCGAGGAUGAUACCGAGUCCGUGAGUAGUGCCAAAAGGCCGAAGAUCGCCGCUGCUGAUGAAGAAGUCUUUCCCAGGACGACCUUCCACUCACCCAGAUCGGGCUCACGGCACGAAGAAGAGGAAGAAGAAGAAGAGGAGGAGGAGGCAGAGGACGAGGAUGGAGAAUUUCACUAUGACACCGAGCCCGAGUCCCGUUUUUACAACUUGCUGGGAGCUGAUUUUGAAAAUGCAAUGGACCACAGCAGGCACCCGCCCAUCUCGGCCGAACAGGCUUCUUCGGUUGACGAAGACACUCGAUACUCGGUUGACGAAAAGAGCGUCGUGAACAACGCGCAGGACACGCUGGUGGCUCACGCCCUGCAGCUGACGAGUUCCGAGUCCAACGACAGCCCUUCGGAACGGGAGGGCGGUGAACUGAUGAGUGAUUCGAUGGUUGGUGGCGCCGAAAUGUCGCAACCGGCAUCGCAUUACUCGCCUGACCUCGGAUCGGACCAGGCCAAUGACGGCUUCGAUUCACAACCCGAGGGUACGAUCGUCGAGGACGAGGGGGAUGAAGAUGCCUGUGCUUCAGAGCGCCACCGUGUCGAAUUUUUUAUUGGAAGCGAUGACGAAGAUGAGGACUCACAGCAAUAA